AAACGGUUUAGCUUUUGCAUAAACAUUACAAUUCAUUUCAUUCGCGUUCAUUCAAGAUGGAAGAAAUCGGCCUUGGGGGAAAUAAUGAUCAGAAGGAGGAUUCGAACAUGUCGGACUCUCGUCCUGGCACGGGACUGGCUGGAGCCUCGGGGGAUCCCAUGAACCCUGAUCUGGAGGACUUGUAUGUCAAGUACAAGAAACUGCAGAAACAGCUGGAGUUCUUGGAGGUCCAGGAGGAAUACAUUAAGGAUGAACAGAAGAAUCUGAAGAAGGAGUAUCUUCACGCUCAGGAGGAAGUCAAGCGCAUUCAGAGUGUCCCUUUGGUCAUUGGCCAGUUCCUGGAGGCUGUUGACCAGAACAAUGGGAUUGUUGGUUCUACCACAGGUUCCAAUUACUACGUUCGUAUUUUGAGUACCAUUGACCGUGAGCUGCUGAAGCCAUCGGCCAGUGUAGCCCUCCACAAACACAGCAACGCUCUGGUGGAUGUUCUCCCCCCCGAGGCAGACAGCAGUAUCACCAUGCUCCAAGCAGAUGAGAAACCUGAUGUGACCUACUCUGACAUCGGAGGAAUGGACAUCCAGAAGCAGGAAGUACGAGAAGCCGUGGAGCUGCCCUUGACCCACUUUGAGCUGUAUAAGCAGAUCGGCAUUGACCCUCCGAGGGGGGUUCUCAUGUUUGGCCCGCCGGGCUGUGGAAAGACUAUGUUGGCCAAGGCUGUUGCUCACCACACCACUGCUGCUUUUAUUCGAGUGGUGGGAUCGGAAUUUGUCCAGAAAUAUCUGGGGGAAGGUCCCCGAAUGGUGAGAGACGUGUUCCGACUAGCAAAGGAAAAUGCCCCUGCCAUCAUCUUCAUUGAUGAGAUUGACGCAAUUGCCACAAAGAGAUUCGAUGCUCAGACAGGAGCGGAUCGAGAGGUACAGAGAAUUCUGCUAGAACUUUUGAACCAGAUGGACGGCUUUGACCAGACUGUCAAUGUCAAGGUGAUCAUGGCCACCAACAGAGCAGACACUCUGGAUCCCGCGUUGCUUCGGCCCGGUCGUUUGGACAGAAAGAUUGAGUUUCCUUUGCCUGACCGGCGGCAGAAGCGUCUGAUCUUCUCCACCAUCACGGGCAAGAUGAACCUGAGCGACGAGGUGGACCUAGAGGACUAUGUGGCACGGCCAGACAAGAUCAGCGGAGCCGACAUCAACGCCAUCUGUCAGGAGGCUGGCAUGCAGGCAGUUCGGGAAAACCGCUAUGUGGUUCUGGCUAAGGACUUUGAGAAAGGAUACAAGAACAACAUCAAGAAGGACGAGACAGAACAUGAAUUUUAUAAAUAAACCUAGUUCUGUGUCAUGUUACGUAUCUCAUAUACUUUUCUGCAGAUGUGAUCUGUUUCAUUUGCUUUUGUUUGCUUUUUUUUAAAGGAGGGGAGAGGAUGGAAAUGAAGAAUGGAGGGGGAAUGUAGAACUUGAAAUAUCAGUUGUACAUGUGGCUAGUAUGUGGUUCAGGUAUUGAAGGAUUGCCCUUGUGGAGACGUAUGUGCAAAAAAUUUAAUGUGUUUUGCUUUCAAAUAAAUUGAGAUAAAAAAUGCUGUAA